UUUCUGUCCAUUUACGCGUGUUACCAUGUGCAAUCUUGAGAGUGAAUCAUAUCUGCCCCUCUCAUGAUGUCUGACGUCCUCUCACUCCUUUGAGAUAUGGAUCGCUUCAUUCAGAGAUCACAUUCUGCUCCGCGGCGAGAGCCCCUCGCCACUGCAUCGUCCAAGUCUGGCAGGCGUCCAGGCGUCGAACCGCCCCUGAAAAGACCCAGAUUUGAAGAGGCAGAGUCCACAGACUCCCAAUUCUUUGAUGACGAAGGCGAAUCUCGGGAAUAUCGGUCGCUUCAUGCCUCAGACUCUGAGCAAGUCACAGAUGAUGUGUUUAUCCUCGAGCAAGAGACGCCCAUUGAGAGCGCAUUACCAUCUAUCAAGACCGAUAGGGAUGCCAUCGAUGAGUAUGAGGCUCUGAGAGCUUCUCAAUUAACAGGAUCCAGUCUGGAAGAUGAGACUGCCACGAGGAUUGAAAAGCGGGAAUGGGUCAAAGGGAAAAGCUCCAUCUACGUGGACGCAUUCAACCUCGCCCUAGACACUGUCCUGAAGGAUGAAGCCCAUUUAUUUGAUGCAAAGGAGAGGGCAAUUUUCAGUCAAUGGAGGGCACUAAACUACGAAGCUCAAUACUUAUACGUUCGUCUCUUCCUGAGGAAGACUGCGUCAUGGCACCGAAUUGGGCGCCUCGGAUAUUCUAGCGACAUCUCAGACAUUGACCUAGCUAUCCGCAGCUUGCUGGAAACUCGUGUCCUGCCCAACUCGGACUCUGAAGAUUCUAGUCCAGAAGACGGGCCUCUCCACGCUGUACAGGAAUGGUCUCUUGGUGACAGUUUUACUUUUGCUGAUGAUUCUGAAAACUCCAUCAGAACUAUAGAGGAGGCCGUCUCAUUACUGGGCCUUGAGGAGCUAAAGAGCUUAGCCAAGGAAGCAAAAGUCCAAGGCAAGAACAAAGCGGACAUAACUAAGGCAUUAUGUCGCAUGAGCUCUCAACAGACUGGAUUGAUGGCAUUCGGACUACGACGGCAAGAUACCAAUGGGUCUCCAGAAGCCCAAGACUCUCCGAAGCUCAGGACUGGCAAUGUAUCGGACCACCGAGACUCCAAUCGCAACACACACUUUUUCGUCAAAAUCAUGGAAAUCACAGGACCCCUGAUCAGAAUCUCGGAGCCAGUCUUCAGACUCUUCGAGCGGGUUCAUCUCGUUUUCUACAGGUCAACCCAAUGGACGGAGAAAUCCCUGACGACCAUCAUCCUGGCCAAGAUGUCACGGAGAAACUUCCCAGAUUAUAUCGUGAGCAGGUCGUGCAACAUCUUCACCUCCCGGGCCCAUCUGCUCGAGUUUGAGCACUCGAUGAGGAAGGAGUCCGAGGUCGACAAGGUCCUCGAAUCCAACGGGCCCCCGGGAGAAGAGGGGUUCCGGCGGGUCAUCGACGUGUUCGACAGCAUCUCCACAAGGUGGAGAGAAGUGCUCAAGGAGGAACAGCGCAAGGAGGACAGGGUCUACGAGUCCGGCGAAGGGGGCUACUUACGACGCUUCAACCCGGGCCAUGCCUACACCCGCAUCGCGCACAAGGCGGCCCACGCCCACGGCCGCCUGCACGAGCACGCCAAGGAGCACGCCCUGCUCGCCGAGCUCCUCGCCCAGCGCCUCUUCCACCCGGCCCGCCGCGGCCACUGGUACCAGCGCAAGGCCCUGCUGGAGGAACACUACAUGUGGGAGGCGGCGGCGGCGGGCGGAGCCGGCGACGGCGACCGUGACGACCCAGAACUGCGCAUGAGGCGCUGGCGCCGCGCGGCGGCCGCCACGUGCGAGGCGGCGCUCGAGGACCGCGACUGCCACCUCGUGCACCACCACGACCUGCAGAGGCGGCUCGUCCGGCUCGAGCGCCGGCUCCGCAUCCCCCGGCGCCUGCAGCACGACUUUGGCCACGUCCGGCUGCGGCGGCCCGAGGAGCACACCGUGUCGGGCGUGCAGCUUCGGCGCCGCUCGUACGACGACGAUGGCGACACGAACAGGCCCAGGCCCGGGGCGGCGGGCGGGCCGAGCACCAAGACGAUCUGGCUGGACGAGGAGCCGGGCGACGGGGCCGGCGGGGAGGUCUCGGUGGAGGAGAUGUGCCUGUCGUGGUACCGCGGCCAGGGGUGGAAGGGGUACCACAGCGAGGGGGGCAUCCUACGCACGCUGUUCGCGCUCCUCCUAUACGACGUGCUGUUCCUGUACGUGCCCAACGUGUUCCAGACGGCGUACCAGACGUGCCCGCUGGACCUGCACACCGACGCCUUCUUCGCCGCCCGCGCCGGCGAGAUCAACCGCCGCCUCGUGGAGAUCGCCAACGGCGGCGCCGAGGCCGUCCUGCGGGCCACGGACGCGCGCGAGAGGCCGCGCGCGACCUGCGUCGCGGGCCUGAGCUGGGACUUUGCGGCCGAGGAUCUGGCCGAGCUGGUUCGCUGCUUCGACCCGGGCGCCUUGGCCACUGUGUGUAGGGUCAUGGCGCAGGAGUACGGGGUCAGGGGCGGCGGGGUGCCUGACCUGGUGCUGUGGCGGACUGGGGAGGAGGAGGAGGGGGGGCGGGAUGUCGAGGUGGGAGGCGAGGACGAGGACGGAAAUAGAAGCGGGACGGGAGAUGGUGCCGGAUGCGGGAAGGGGGAGGUCAUGUUCGUGGAGGUCAAGAGCGCCAAUGAUCGGUUGAGCGAUUCGCAGCGGCUAUGGAUACAUGUGCUCACUGGGGCGGGUGUUCGGGUCGCUCUGUGCAAUGCCGUGGCGAAAGAGGUCAGGGUCGUUGAUUGAUGCCGAGAGGGCCGUGAAUGGGAUGGAUGG